AGUCAUUCCCGUCCGGUUCAUUCAACUUCAAGCAGCUGAUUAUCCAAACAAGUCAUGGCGGAGCUAGGCGCAGAAGGAUCCGCAAAACCUCUACUGACCGCGGCGGAGAAACAACUCCUCCGCCGACGACAAGAGCUCAACUACUGGAAGCAAAACGCAUCGCGGAUCCGCAGCCGGAACCUGGUGACCGGCCUGGCUAUUGGAGCGUUUGUGGUCGGCUUGUUCAGCUACACCAUCCUGUCCGUCAAACAGGAGAGAAUCAUGGACGAGUUGGACGAAGAAGCCAAGGUCCACAUCAUCAGAGGGCCGCGGACCGGCGCCAACUCCUGAUGGCACCGACCAUGAACCGUCCUGGACUUGCUGUAGAGUUGGAUGCAUAGACUGUAUGGUGACAUCGCUGUGGCAUGUGAUGAGGCACGUCUGCUGAGCUUACUAAAGACACAUUUCCAUUUCAUUUCAACUUCAUUUUUGUUGUUGUUGUUGUUGGGGGAUUUCCAUUUGGAAACAGCUGUGGAUAGUGGGGCUGGGACGAUAUGCGCUUGUCCCGAUUCCAUUCUUUCACGAUACAUGGGUGCAGAUUUGACUUGUAUUGCAAUUUUCAUGGAUUGCGAUUCAAUAGCAUUGAGUGUUGCGAUUUUUUAAUUUAAUUUUUUCCUUUAACAAAACAAAAGUUGAAUGAUUAAUACACCUCUAGAGACAACAUAUCAUGAUACAUAAUAGUUUUCUAAGAAGAAUGCACGUCACAUGUCAGUCAGUCAGACAUUUAUUUUAUUUAUAAAGAAGAACAUAACAUGGAUUCUCUGCGUUUUCUGCUUUCCGUCAGAUUCGCUGGAAAUGGAUAUGAUGUAGUCGCCGUCGGCGGUACCGUAUAAACAGAAAAUACGUGAAUAUACUACGUGAUAUAAUACGUGAAUCAUUGGUAAAAAACAUAAAUACUGAUUGUGGGGAAAAGAAUGGAUUUUAAAAAUCGUCACACAAAAAAAAUCACGAUACAUAGGAUUAGGAUUUUUGAUUAACAGUGGAUAGCAUCGGGGUACCACCUCGGUCAACGUUCCGAGCGAGCAGAGCCAAUACUAGGAGGAGGAGUUUAAACACUGCUUGACCAUUGAUUGGUCAAAGAGAUGUCAAGCUAAUGUCAAUAGUGACCACAAUUUCUUGAGGAACUCGGGACAGAUUUAAAAAAAUAAAAAAUGGCAGCCUGCAAACCGCGCCAGGGUCAAUUGACAAAGUCCAGACGUUCCUCUGUUUGGUUUCCGAUGAAAGGAUCCAGGAUCUCAAAGAAAACCAAAUUUGAGGAAAACACCUGGUACCAAAAGUGAGCCGAGUCGAGCUGAACCGUGCUGUAGAAUCGAGGCAUUACAUACAACCUGCCACUCCAGUUUAUAUGAGGAAAUUACAAAUGUUUUCAUUGCUUCUUUUCUGUUUGGAAAUACAUUUAAAAAAAUAUAUAUCUGUUGUCGAAAUUAUUGUUCUGAACUAUUUUCUGGAUUAAUAUCAACCUACUUUGAAUAAAGCAUAGCCUCGACA